UUCUUCAUUAUAAUUAUGAGUCACUUUCACUGGUGGCCUCGGAAUAGACAGACGUAACCGUGUACACUGCCAGUUUCCUGUUAUUGCUAUAUGACAAGUGGCCUAGCUUUUUAAGUUUGAAUUCAAGCAAAAGACAUCCUGAAAAUGGCCGAGUAUAUUGUUGGCGAAGGCACCGUGAAACCUUACCCAGACUUUGAUGCUAAACAAGAUGCUGAAGCUCUCAGAGCUGCUAUGAAAGGAUUUGGAACUGAUGAAAAAGAAAUUAUAAAUAUAUUGGCAAACCGCAGCAAUGCUCAGAGAGUUUAUAUUUCUGUGGCUUUCAAACAGCUGUAUGGUAAAGAUUUGAUUGAUGAAUUAAAAAGUGAACUAACUGGACAUUUUGAAGACUGUAUACUUGCCUUGAUGACUCCAACAAGUGAUUAUUUGGCUUCUGAACUGCAUGAAGCUCUGUGUGGAGCUGGUACAGAUGAAGAUGUACUUGUUGAGAUUUUGUGUACUCGAACGAAUCAAGAAAUAUGGUUAAUUAAUGAAGCUUAUACUAGAUUAUAUGAGAAAUCAUUAGAAAGCGAUAUACAGGGUGAUACUUCUGGACAUUUUGAACGACUUCUUGUAUCAGUCUGUACUGGUGCAAGGCGUCUUUUCGUUGGGUUUGAGGGUGCCAGAAGUGAAGCACCUGCUGAUCCAAUGUUGGCAAAGCAAAAUGCAGAGGCAUUGUUUGAAGCUGGUGUUGGACAGUGGGGUACUGAUGAAUCUAUAUUUAAUUCGAUCCUUGCUGCCGAAAGUUUUCAGCAGCUAGCCUUAACAUUUUAUGAAUAUAACAAAUUGAGUGGUCAUACAGUGGCUGAAGCAAUUGAAAAAGAAUUUUCUGGUGAUCUGAAGAAAGGAAUGUUGGCAAUAGCACAAUGUGUUGAAAAUCGUCCAUUUUAUUUUGCUGAAAAACUGUAUAAGGCCAUGAAGGUAGGUCUAGGUACAGAUGAUAGAACACUUAUAAGGAUAGUUGUAUCCCGCUGUGAAAUAGAUAUGGUUCAGAUCAAAGCAGAAUAUGAAAGAAAUUAUGGCAAGCCUUUAGGUGAAGCAAUUGCUGUAAGUU